AUUGACAAUUGUAGAUCCAUUGGAAUUCAAUAAACAGCGAUAUUCUGAUGGAAAGAUAAACUUCAUAAAUUCAUAAAGUUUCGUCUGCGAAGUUGGUCGUAUAGAUAACGUUCGUAGAAUAGUGGUUAGUCGCAACAGGUGGUUGAAGUGUGCAAUCUAGAUCCUAACUGAACGCAUUCACUGUUACGCGUUAAUGAUUGAUUGCAUAGUUAACGCGCAUUUAUUUAUUUCGUUUUACUCGUACGAAACAUUGAAUCCUUUGACGAAUAAGGGAAAGUUAAUAGUGCCUGAUCUCUGUGAACGUGAGUGCAAUGUUAAUUAAAAUUAGAUACAGUCUUCAGUAAACUGAUACAUUUAUAUCUUCUGAUAAAAACAGCCAAGGAAAAAUCAUUAAAUAGCGUUAUUUAUAAGAUUGGAUAGGAAAAUUGAACAAUGUCGUUCAUUUCUCUGCAUGAUGAGAAAAAGACGGCGAGUACGUCAGUAAGAAAGUCGAGCAAAUCCAAGCAACGUUGGAGCUGUAUUGCACCAUGCACGGGCGAUUACAUCAGGCACCCGGUGUACGAACUGUCGAGCAAGUAUGGAGUGGCUAGUAGUGACCAGGUGCCCUUGCCGGCUCGUCUCGAUGAGCUCCGGGAGCACAUACGCCGAGAAAUACGCAAGGAGUUGAAGAUAAAGGCUGGCGCCGAGAAGCUGAGGGAAGUGGCGACCGAUCGUAAAGCGCUCUCCGACGUGGCGACGAUCGUGAAAAAGUCGAAUAGUAAGCUGAACGAAUUGCAGGCCGAGCUUCAACAACUGGAAAGUCAAAUUAUAUUGACGCAGGGCCAACCACAGUCGCCCCAGCAAAAUCAUUCGAACGGUCAAGACACGCCUCUGUCACCAAUGGGACCGUCGUCGCCGAGUCAGGAGGGUCUAUUCACGGAUCUUCGUCUUUUGUCCUUGGAGAAGCAGCUCAAUAUCGAACUCAAGGUGAAGCAAGGAGCAGAAAACAUGAUUCAGAGUUUGACAAGCGGUAGAGACAAAAAGUUACUGCAGGAGGCUCAACAAAUGCUCGACGAUUCUCGCGCCAAAAUCGAGUUCCUACGCAUGCGAAUAAUGAAGGUGCGGCAAGCUCGUCAGCAACAACAUGCACGCGGCGAUGCACCACCGCCAAACGGCGAGGCAACUAGCAAUAAAGAUAGGUACGAGCCUAGUUUGGAGCUCGCGCUGGAGGAAAGGGUAGAAGAGCUACGACAUCGUUUACGGAUUGAAGCCGCGGUCGUGGAAGGAGCUAAGAACGUGAUACGUCUUUUACAAAGUGCCAAAGUCGCCGAUAAGAAGGCCUUAACGGAGGCUCAAGCAAGUCUUGCUGAAUCGAGUAGAAAAUUGGACCUGUUGAGAUUAUCCCUUGAACUUAGAAGACAAGAAUUACCACCUGACAGUGGUACUGCUGCUCAAUUAAAGAGGGAAUUAGCUAGUAUUCAAUCUGCUAGCCCGGUUCCUGUAACCUACACGUCGUUGCAACCGUUUCGUGGUCCUCUGGAAGGUAAAGCUACGGUGCCUGCUUCAGUUUCAAGAUGCGCGGCUGUUACUGGACAAUUAGAGGUAAGGUUAAUGGGAUGUCAAGACUUGGCAGAAGAAGUGCCUGGUCGUACGAGAAGAGAGCACCCAGCAAGUCCUGAUCUACGCAGUUUCGUCAAAGGUGUUACAGGACGCAGUUCCAGUAAAUCGUACAGCGUUAAGGAUGAAACAAGUAAUGAUAUUAUGGCAGUUAUUAAAUUGGAUAAUCAAACAGUAGCACAAACUAGUUGGCGACCGUGUUCCCAGCAGGCUUGGGAUCAAAGGUUUUCCAUCGAACUAGAUAAGUCGAGAGAACUUGAAAUAGGCAUUUAUUGGAAAGAUUGGAGAUCUCUUUGCGCUAUAAAAUUUUUACGUUUAGAAGAAUUUAUCGAUGAUGUGAGACACGGAAUGGCUCUGCAACUAGAACCGCAAGGUCUUCUUUUUGCUGAAAUUAAAUUUUUGAAUCCUAUGAUUUCAAGAAAACCUAAAUUGCAACGUCAACGCAAGAUCUUUAAGCAACAAGUGAAGAACUUCCCAAGAGCUAAUCAAAUGAACAUUAACGUUGCAACUUGGGGUAGACUCUUGAAACGAUCAGCUCCUUCCUUACACAAUACAAGAAAUUCCGAAAGUCCGCCAUCAGGACCGCCUUUGCAACUUGUUUUUGAUACUUCGCUAGAAGAUAAACCCGAAACGCCUGGAGAAUUGCCUGAUCCUGAAAAGGGAGGUUUAGGUGGAGCGAGACCUUUAGGAUUAUCAACUUCAAGUAGUAGCCCUACACUGCCACGUCCUCCAGAACAUCCUCCUCCACCACCUCCUACAAUUACGAAAAAGCCAUCAAUGCCUGCACCUCCACCGCCACCAAAAUUAGACCAAGAAGUUGUGUAUGAAAUGCCGAAUAAGCCUGCUCAAUAUAGAGACAGUGCCUACGAAUCUAGAAGACAUUCGCAACUUACUGGAAUGACUAUAGAAAACUUUAGACUACUCUCAGUUCUUGGCCGUGGUCAUUUUGGAAAAGUAAUUCUAUCGCAAUAUAGAAAUACAGGAGAAUACUUUGCAAUCAAAGCAUUGAAAAAAGGAGAUAUAAUAGCGAGGGAUGAAGUAGAGUCAUUACUUUCAGAGAAAAGAAUAUUUGAAGUUGCCAAUGCUACGCGUCAUCCUUUCCUUGUAAAUCUAUUUGCUUGUUUUCAAACUGAGGCGCAUGUGUGUUUUGUAAUGGAAUAUGCAGCUGGAGGGGAUCUUAUGAUGCAUAUACACGCAGAUGUGUUUGGAGAACCACGAGCUGUAUUUUAUUCAGCGUGCGUUGUAUUAGGGUUGCAAUAUUUACAUGAAAGUCGAAUUAUUUACAGAGAUUUAAAAUUAGAUAAUUUACUAUUGGAUACAGAAGGAUAUGUAAAAAUUGCAGAUUUUGGUUUGUGUAAAGAGGGAAUGGGAUAUGGAGAUAGAACAGGAACAUUUUGUGGUACUCCAGAAUUUUUAGCUCCCGAGGUUCUUACAGAAACUUCAUAUACACGUGCUGUUGACUGGUGGGGUCUUGGUGUAUUAAUAUUUGAAAUGCUUGUCGGUGAAUCACCAUUUCCUGGUGACGAUGAGGAAGAAGUUUUUGAUUCCAUUGUGAACGAUGAAGUUCGUUAUCCACGAUUUCUCUCUUUAGAAGCAAUUGCAAUAAUGCGAAGGUUAUUAAGAAAAAAUCCUGCUAGAAGAUUGGGUAGUAGCGAAAGAGAUGCUGAAGAUGUCAAGAAACAAGCGUUCUUCUGGCAUAUAGCUUGGGAUGAUUUACUUUUAAGACGAGUAAAACCACCAUUUGUUCCAGUAAUUCAUUCUGUGGAAGAUGUCAGUAAUUUUGAUGAAGAAUUUACAUCGGAGAAACCGCAACUAACUCCACCUAAAGAUCCUAGACCACUUAGUGAUUCAGAACAAAAUCUAUUUAAAGAUUUUACGUAUAUGGCUGACUGGUGCUAGCCAUAAUAAUUGUCUUUUUGUUAAAUUUGAUACGCAAAUCAUUUAGCAUUUUAUUGUUUUCAACAUCAUUUUAGGGGCAAUCAAAUCGUAAUUAAUAACAUCAGUUAUAUAUGUAUUUGUUUAAUUGUCAGAAUAUGUUCCACAUUUCAUAAUGUUAUCUAUUGUACAAAUGUUUUAUUUUUAGUAUCAUGAUAUAAUCAGGCAUAUAGAAUUAAAAAAAUUAUGUUCAACAAACGAAUCUCAGGUUUUUAAUUAAUGUAUCUAUGAAUGUGUCAGACUUUUAACUCGUAGUUAUACAUUCAUCACUAUUGUUUCCAAUAUGCAACGUAGUAGAUAAUUAUAAUUGUUUAAAAUACCUGAGUGUAAUCAAUUUAAUCAACUGUAAGACCAGAAAAGAAACAUAAAUUAUACAAGUACUUUUGUAGCAUGUUCAUAUUUUGAUAAAAAGUAGUAGUUUCGAAUUUAAAUUUUUGAAGAUUUAUACCAUUUAAUUAAAAGAUACUAGAUCUCACAAUCAUGAUUCGAAAUAUUGACCAAAUAUUUGAAAUGAUAUCUAUUUAAAGUAUUAUUUCAUACCUUUCACUUAGCACACUCAUUUUUAUAUAGUUUUCAAGUACUCAACAAUCGUAUUCUUAUAAAACAGAGAAUAUCCAUUGUAUAAACAUAUUAUAAUUCAUAAAAUGCAGAAAAUAAAUCAAAACAUAGUUGUAUUUGCUCAUGCUCAUGUGAUAGGGAAUUGAAUGAAGAAAUGGCACUAUGUAUAACAAUGUUGAUCAACAUAAUCACAAGUUAACACUGGGCGCAUUAAUUAUAUUAGUCACGUGUACCUAAUCAUUAACACGACCAGUUAUUUACAAUUAACUUUACAGUGUCCCUAUUCUUAUUUCCUUUCCUUUAAUGAACAAACUUUUGCAGGUCCUAUAAUUCCUAUAAUUCUCCCAUCUAUUUUACUAUGUUAAUUAGUUAUAUAUUUUCAUGUUUCCAGUAUGUGAUAGAAUAUUUGUUGUGUUCUAGUGUUAUACUUUGUAAAUAUGUAACCAAACAUUGAAAAGUAAUAAUGCAUAAGAUUUAUAGAAUACAAGUACAAUAGUUUAGCUUGAUAUGUUAUACAAUACUGUAUCAGAAUAACAUCUCAAACAUACUGUUAGUAACCAUAUUUACAUUUUACACAUUACUGUAGUGUAUUCUCUUUUUUUUUUUCUUUGCAUAUUUGGUUUAGUGAAUAAUUAUUAACUGUCCUGUACAAUCAUCACAAACAUAUAUAUUAUGCGUUAGUGUUGAAAGAAUUUUCUACUAACAUUAUUUUGAUGCCCUUUUAGAAUUCUUUCUUUCCACGUUAUAUGAGCUUAUUUAAAAUAGUAAACUCACAACUUCUCUAUUUUCAAAAGUAUCAAUAAUAGUAAUACAUUAAUGCUUUAAUUAAAUUAAAAAGCACAUACUUAUAGUUUUAAUUUCCCUUGUAACUGUAUUAUCAAUCCAUCAAGUUCGUCCAUUUAACAGUUAUAAGUUUUAUGUAAAAGAAUUUUUUAAAUGGAACCUAAAUAAUAUUUAAUUUGUCUACAUAAAUUUAAAUUAAAUUUCCGUAAAACAAUAUAUGUCUGAAGAACGAUAACAUAAAUAAUCGAUCAUAAUAUUUACUGAUUGGAGUAUUGUGAUAGUAAUGUCAAAUGGUUUCAUUUGAAAUUUUCUUAUAUUAUAAACUUAGUCAUAUAAGCUUGAGAUCAUUAAUCAAUCAUUCUUUUAAAAACAGUAUUUAAAAUUGUAAAACAGAAAAAUAAUCGCAUCACUUGUGAUAGUUUCGAGUACAGCUCGAAUUCUAGUUGCCUUAAUGCACUAAUAAAUCAAUAACUGUUUGGUAACUAUUUUAUACCAAGAUCUUGUGUAUUAUUAGAAAUGGAGACCUGUUUAUACGGAGGUGCUCAUGUAACACAUUAUUUCUAAUGUGCCUGUUUUUAUACAACUCUCAUAUGUAGAUUUAAAAAUUCAAUUGAAUAGCUAUAAUACAAUUUUAGUUAAAAUAUA